AUGGGAAGGCCAAAGAAGGAGAAGACGCCACUGCCAGAGCAGUCGCCUUCAAACCCAAACCAAGUUCAGGGCUUGCUCAGUAAGGCCAAAGAGACCUUGGCCCUUGCUAAGCAGAAAAGGAAGUGUGAAGGUGAGGAAGGGAUAGAGUCAGUGCCCACACCAUGCAAGGCCAAGACAGCCCCCCCUUGCCCAAAGGUUCCACAGCAGAGGCUUCGCAGCAAGUCCCCGGCAAACAUGACAGCAGCGCCAAAGCAGGCACCUCCAAAGCCAGCACCUGCCCCCAAGCCAGCAGCGUCAGCUCCUAGCUCUAGCGCAUGGGACCGUGUUCAAGCAGUACUCGUCAGAGCAAAGGCCAUGAAGAUGGAUGUUGACCAGAAAAGCAAGGCAGCACCAGCCCCUCCACCCAAGCAGGCAGCACCAGCCCCUCCAGCCAAGCAGGCAGCCACAGUUGUCAAGGCAGCACCUCUUGUAAUCAAAGCCGUUAGUUCUCCACCACCCAAGGCUGUUGCAAAGGCAACUAGUGCAGAAAACUUGUCACCUGGGUCUGUUGCUAAGUCACCUGAUGGAGAAACCUUGGAGAAAGCUCCUGCCUUACCAUCUGCUGACCCUGUCACCCCCCCACCCAAGGCUUCACUGACCUCACCUCAGGGUAGCAUAGAGACACUCACAAGCACAGCCGACACAAUGCCCGACAUGAGUGAAGAGAGUGGAAAGGAUGAUGGGUGGGGGGAAAACUGGAAAGGUCAUUGGGAGUCUAAUCAAGCCUACUAUGGAUGGAACUAUGGGUGGCAUGGAUCCUAUGGCUACCAUCCUCACUACUGGGACAGCCCUGGUUAUGAUUCUCAGUGGCGUUAUGACCCAUCCCCUCACUCUUCGUGGAGAGAGCAUUGCCCCCCAACACCUGGCAGUGUCACUGGCAGUGACGCACAGUCACAGGUCAGGGAGUGUUUGGCAAACCGCAUGCCCAGUUUUGCCGACAAGCUUUCGAAGGCAGGUGAAGUUGACGAGAACGAGGACAUGGAGACACGUCCGGUUCCCAACGAUGAGGUUUCCAAGGAGCUUCCAGGGGAGUUGGGUGAGGAGCAAGUUGGUGAUGAUGAUAAUGAUGAUGAAGAGGGUGGAGAGGAGAGAUGGAUGAGGGACAAACGUGGGAAUAUCAUUUCGCCAAAGGCGUUGUACAUGCGCUUUUACCGAAAGCUGCGAAGCAAGAAGAACCCUCCUCCACCUGAAGUGGCAGAGCAAUUCAUCGCUGCUGAGAAGAGUAAGAACCGAAUGCAUGAGCUCUACUUGCACUAUGUCAGUUGCAAGGGCGUCUGGACAAAGUCUUCGUUGGUCAUCAAUGCGAGGAAGGAACACCACAAGCGUCAGAAAUCAACUUUUGAAUUCUGGACCCGAGACAAGAUGAUUCAGGAACUUGGUACAGACCUUGCUGAUGAUUUGAUUGCCCGCCACAAGACGGCUGAACAGGCGUUGCCAGCAUCUAAGAAGGGUCAAUUUAUCAUCAAGAACCCCGACUUCCCGGACAGAGAGGAUCUGCACCGCUACAAGAACUUCGCAGGCCUGCGCCAGGUGAAAGAGGAGAAGCAUUCAACUUCUGCAAGUCUCACUAUGGAGGCUGAGGUGAACAAUGGGGCCCAUCGCAUGUUGACAGAAUGCAAGGCUCUUCAGAACAAGCUGCAGGCGUGCAAGGAAGUGUCAGAGAAGUACAAGAGCGCCUUGCUCGAAGAUUUGGUAGCUGCUGAAGGCAAUCUUACCAGCGCAAAGAAGGCUGCAGUCAAUGCCUUGGCCACCAAGUGCAACGACUUGCAAGACCAGUGUGCCCUCUUCAAGAAGGUGUCAGACCCUGUGAAAACUUGUCUUAGGAAGGCGGACCCGGCAGCGAAGGCAAAGGCAAAGGCCAAGGCCAAGAAAGUUUCCAACUCGGCUGCCAAGUAA